AUGGCAGAUCAAGAAAAGAACAUAGACCAUCGUUUAGAGUAGCCAGAUCAAGAAUAAUCUCUUUUGUAAGAUGUAAAAGAAAAUGGGCAGGUUUUUGAUAUUGAUGGUUAACAUUAAACUCCAAAAGAUGUGAUUGUUCAUUAGAUGAGAAAAACGGCGAAUAAUAAGUAAGAUGAAGAGGAUUCAAAGAUGAUGAGGAGAGAUACAAUCAGAAAAAAGAAAAGGAAGGAAAAGGAGGAUAAAUUGAUUUCAGCAAGAAGAUUAAAAAGAUUACUGAGAAAAAAGCCAAUUGAUAAAAUCAAAUUAGCAUAUUAGGCUUAUUUCUUUAUUGUUAGUAUUACUGUUUUAGCUCUAAGCAUUGUGUCCUAUAGAGAUCAAACAGUUUCUUAAGAAGAUUACUAACAGUUCAUAGAUAAUGUGAAGUCGGAUACCAUAGAUGAUAUACGGUUUACUUAUACAAAUAAAAAUUGUAAGACUUAAUUUGGGAGCCAAUAUUCUUCGCUUUUUGAAUAUAAUUGGCCGGGUACUAGAAUAGGAUGCGAUUGUAGUAAGGGAUACAAUUUCUCUACUUUAACAGCUUUAAAUAUUGAUGGGUUUUUCAGGGAAUCUUUUAUGCUUGGCCGUAUUUGCAGUCAAGAUUUGCUAUCAAAGAAUUGCAAUACAGUGAAUGUACAACAAUCGAAAGUGUUCAAUUCUUGGAACGAUGGUUCUUUUGGAAGACCUUUUGUAUUGUGUGCAAGAAGAUAAGUAGGAAUUAAUUUAUAAUCAAACAAAACUAAUUGUUAAUCAUAAAAUUAGAUCACUUGUGGGAAUGGAGACAACAUCUUUUGUGUUCCUGAAAACAUGAGUUGUCCCAUAACAGAAAUAGGAUUUACUACUAAUGCAGAUCAUCAAAAUUUAACAUAAAUAAACAAUACAAAAGUUGGAGAUAUUGUUUCAUUGGGAGCGGGAUUCUACUUUUAUUUUAUUAAAAAUACGUCAGGUUUACCACUAGUACAAUUCAGAGUGACUGAAGGUGAUAAAAUAUGUAGAAGAAAUUUAGACUAGAAUAUUUCACCUAAUAGGUUUGAUUAUCCUUUAAUGUUAUCAAGAAGAUAGUUAUGUGAGAAUAAUGAUCCAAACUUCUAAAUUAUUCAUUCGAUUGAUGAAGAAUAAUUCUAUCUCUCCAACAAUGUAAUUUAUCUGUCUGAAAAAUUGCCUUAUUUCAACAUAGAUCCAAAAUUUAAUUGGACUCUAAACGCUAAAACUUAUAUUCCUUGGUCCCCUCAAUGUCGAGGCGAUUUCUUUGACCAAGUUAUAUAAGAAGGGGACACUUUGCACUAUGUUUACACAGCCUUAAGAGUCCAAUUGGGUGUUACUAUCACCUAUUUCUUAGUCAUUGGUCUCUUGUUUAAUGUUAUUGGUACAAUGACUGCUUGUAAUUUCGCAUGGUCUUGUAUGGCAACUCGUCCUUAAUCUUAAUAUAAUUAUAUUUUCUUAACAGAAAUAGGAUUCAAAAUACUAUUAUAAGUAGCUGAAAUAAUUGUAAUAAUAGUCUCCUUUGCUAUCAUAGAUGGCAAAAGAAAGAUCAUUAAAUAAAUUAAUGAUGAUGGGUGUGUAUCUGAUCCUGUUAGUGACUACUUAUUUACGAAUUUGGAAAGUGAUUUAACUAAAUCUGCUUGGUCUUACAAUCUCGCUAACUUAGUUAUAUUUACUAUUACCCUCAUUCUUGAUCUUAUAAUUAUUAAACACUCAAUUAAUAAGGGACAACAUCAUGGAGCCAAAUAGCUUCAUGAAAAAGAAGAACAUCAAGAAUUAGAUGCUGUUUAACAUGGCGAUUCAGGGUCAGGAUCUUAACAAGAAAAUAAAAGCGAAUUUAGACUCUAAAUCAAAGCCAGAAACUCCACUUUGAUGAUAAUCUAUAACAAUUAUAAUUUUUAAGCAUUAAUUUGUAAAUAAAAUAACCGUAAAUAUUAAUUUUUCACUUAUUAUUAUAAAUGUUUAUUAUCAAUUACCUUAAAAUAAGUUUACCAUUGCACUUUAAAGAAACAAUUCUAAAUGAUGUUCUUUUGCAUUCUGAAUAUAUUAACGAUAACCAAUAAAUUUAUAUUGAUUUACAAUUAAGGAUUAGGAGUAUUUUGA